ACAGGUUCUAACCGGAAAAGGGAGAUGGACUUCUCCUCGUAUCUACAGAGUUUUGAAAGCCGGCUGAGCUCGUACACCGGAGACGACCCUUUGGAUCCAUGGGACAAGUUUGUGCAGUACCUGGAGCAGAGGCUUCCGGCCGCCGGGGACAGUGGCAUCUCCGUGGUGUUCGACAGCCUGGUGCAGAGGUUCCUGCACGUGGAGCAAUAUGCUAAUGACGUCAGAUACGUCAACUACUGCAUUAAAUGUGCGAGUUUCUACUCCGAACCCAUCGCGCUGUACAGCCACGUCUUCAGUCAGGGCGUCGGCACCCGGGCCGCGGCGCUCUACGUGGCGUGGGCGCAGAGCUUCGAGCAGAGAGGUUUGACCGAGCAGGCGGACGCAGUGUACCAGAAGGCCGUGGAGAACCAGGCCCAGCCGGCCGACACGGUUCUCCAUGAAUACAGGCAGUUUCAAACCAGAAGCCAGGCGCCGGGAGCUGUGAAUCCUCUGCAGAACUCCCAAUCCACCAACCAGAUGACCUCCCACAGGGAGCCAGGCACCCAGAGCAAGGCGUCUGUGGAUUGGGCGAGCCAACCCGCUGAAGUCAAAACCGUUGUGACACUCUCCCGCUCGGAGAACUCGGGCGUGACUCGCUCGUGUCCGGGCGCCGGCGCUCUCACCGUGUCGGAGUACCUGACGGAUGAACUCACCUGCGACGGCUCUGAAUUAUCGUUUGAGGAGGUUCGGGCAGAGAAAUACUUCCGUUCGAUCCGGGAGACGAAGGAAAAGGAGCGGAGGGAAAACGUGGAGAAGAUGCUGAGGGAGGAAGAGGAGGGAAUCCGCAACAUCAAGUCCAUGUUGGAGCAGGUGGUGCAGAACCUGGAGACGUGUGGAGGUUUGAGCGGCCAGCCUCCGUCACAGAAGUCGCCUGUUGUGGAAGCUGCCGCGUGUCUGAACCCUCAUCCUACCCAGAAUCCCUUUGGGCGUCCCAGUCCCUCGAACCAUCUGAGCAGCAGACGCUCUCUUGGUUUGUCAUCACACGCUGAGUCAGCGUUCACCCAAGAAGCCGCUGCACCUGCUGAACCUCUGAGCUCCGAGGUAUCCCAUCAUCCCUCGGUCCUGGCUGAGAGGAGCGUCCACUUACCACCAGCAUCAGUGUCUGCGUCGGCGCCAGCACACUGGGCGUCUCUCGCUCUGCCGCCUGUCAGCCAUGAGCAGAGAAACCUGUCGCUCCACAGACCCGCCCCUUUCUCUGCUGUGGACGCCGACAUCUUCAGCCACGAUGCCUCCGUUCUGCCGGAGCGCUGGCAGAGCGGUCGACCACAGGAGCACAGCGCCACACACCUGGACGUGAGUCAGCUGCAGGACGCCGAGGAGAAACUGAACCUGUCCCAGGGGGGCACAGCCAACCUGUCUCACAUCACCCCCAACACCUCACUGGGCUUUGUUCAGGCCACGCCCUCCCGGGUGCUGCCGUCGCCCACGGUCAACACACGGGAAGCGCUGGGUGUGAUCAUGGACAUGUUCCAGGCUCCGACGCUCUUAGAAGAUCAGUUCAACGGCACAGGGCUGCACGUGGCUGAGCGGGGGUUCGACGGUGGAUACUCACGAAAUGGAGGCGACUGCUCCUUCAGGAAUCCUCCGUCCGCGGCUCCCUUCACCAUCUUCCAGGACGACAAAGAGAACAGCAGUGCUGCUGCUCCAGCUGCGGUCGAGAAGCCCAAACCAACCAGAGCUCUCGCUGUGAUCGCAGGGCCUAAGACAGAAAAACCCAAUGAGACUCCUCCGGACCUGAUGCCGGACGAGAGCACCAUGUGGGGAGCUCGCUACAACUCCCUCAACUCGCUGGACGCUUGUCCCAACAGCACCACGGACUUCGACAUGCAGGCCCAGUGCGUCUCCACGCCCUUCACCAACAAGAACAUGUUCAGCGGCAACUUCUUCGAGGACCAAGAGAACAACUGUGAUGGCAGCGAAGCUGGUGAGGAUCCCUUCAUCAGACGCCAGCCCAAAAAACUCAGCCCCAUCAUAGAGCAGAGUCCGUCUGAUGACAAGCUCUCUGAGUCCAACAUCAGUCGCCUGGUUCCUUCCUCAGCGAGACAAGGCACCAUCGUGGGCGAAGGGCUGGCCAGCAGCCUCCACUGCCUGACCACCUCCUCCAUGACCAUGGUGCAGCCUCCUCCUCCCACCGCGCUCUCCUUCAGAGACCAGACGCUGUGUCCCACUGACUCCUCCCUCCCCGGGACCUCCGGGCCCGGCUGGGAGCCGUACUCCAGCCCCGAGCAGCCUCCCAAGCCCGAGAGCUGCGUCGCACCCAGAAGUGAACGGUUUCAGAUCUUUAAAGAAGAUGGAGACAAACCCUCCAGUCCAGAGCGAGCGGAGACACACGCCCACGACGUCCCCAUGAGCCCAGCGUGUCCUCUCAAACUGGACUGGAUGUGCAUCAGAAGUCCAGAGGUCAAAGUGGAGCCAGAUCUGGACGCCUUCCUCAGUCCCCUUCGACCCAGGGCGGCGGACGCUGUUCAGAACCAGACCCUGGACGUGUUCAUGAGUCCGGAGCAGCCGCAGCUGUGUGCCGACGUGCCCAUGAGCCCGGAGCAGGCGUCACUGCGGUUCAGCGCUUCAGAUGAACCCAUGAGUCCCGACAGAGGAGAGACGGCCGGGGCUGACGUCUCCAUGAACACAACCGGGACAGUGGCCGUCCCACUGGUGUCGGAUCCCUGGGAUAACGAGCUGAUCUCGGGUCUGCUGUCUGCACUAGCCCCGCCCCUCACCUCGCACCCCCGCUGCGUCACCUGGCCCUGCAACAUCCCCAACAUCCGCCCCAAGAUGACCCUCAGCAUGGGAAAGGCGUCCCUGCGAGUGGACUGCGUCCUCGGGGAAGGAGCCUUCGCCACCGUCUACCAGGCCACUGACCCCAUGACCUCAGAGAGGAUGAUCCUAAAGGUUCAGAAGCCAGCGAGUCCCUGGGAGUUUUACAUCCACACGCAGCUGGACGCUCGGCUGCAGCCCGGCGUGCGGCGCCUCUACAGCAGCGUGAGCUCGGCUCACCUCUUCCACGACGGGAGCGUGCUGCUCGGCGAGCUGCACAGCCACGGCACCCUGCUGAACACGGUGAACAUGUACAAAGCCCUGAGCGACAAGGUGAUGCCUCAGCCGCUGGUCAUGUACUUCACCGUCUGCAUCCUGCACAUGGUGGAGCAGCUGCACGGCGUCCACGUCGUCCACGCCGACAUCAAGCCCGACAACUUCCUGCUGGGGGAGAGGUUCUUGGAGAACAAGUGUUUUGAUUCAGAGAGCUUGGACCACGGCCUGGUUCUCGUCGACCUGGGACAGAGCAUUGACAUGGAGCUUUUCCCAGAAGGCACUGCUUUCACCGCCAAGUGCCUGACGUCGGGUUUCCAGUGCACGGAGAUGCUCAGCGGGAAACCGUGGAACUACCAGACGGAUUUCUUUGGAAUAGCAGGGACGGUUUACUGUUUGUUGUUUGGGACGUACAUGCAGGUCACGAAGGAAGAUGGCGUCUGGAGGACGAACGCUGUGUUUAGAAGGAACCCGCACAGCGACCUGUGGCUGCAGCUCUUCCACACGCUGCUGAACGUGCCGGACUGCGGCGCCCUGCCGAGCCUGCGGCGCCUGCGUGGCGAGCUGGCGUCCGUCCUGCAGCAGAACUACAGCAGCAAGCUGUCGUCUCUGAAGAGCCGCCUGGUGGUUCAGCUGCUGGAGAGUCGCAAGGCGGCGCGGAGAUGAUGAUGAUGUCACUACCUCCUGACGCUCACUGAU